AUGCUUCCACAUUUUGAUGCAUCCAAGGCAUGGGAAUAUCUAGUUCAACCUGGUUUUCAACAACAUGUAACAGUUUUCACAGCUGUACCAACAAUUUAUUCAAAACUUAUUCAUGAUUAUGAUGCUAAAUUAGCAUCACGUCCUCAAACAAGAGAUUUUGUCCGUGAACAAUGUUUACAAAUGAUUCGUUUAAUGAUGUGUGGUUCAGCUGCAUUACCUGAAAGUAUUCAUCGACGAUGGUUUGAAAUAACUGGUCAUAGUCUUCUUGAACGUUAUGGAAUGACAGAAUGUGGAAUGGCAUUGACGAAUCCAUUGAAUGGAGAAAGAAUUCCAGGCACUGUUGGUCGGCCGAUGCCUGGUGUUGUUAUUCGAAUUGCACGAGAAAAUACAUUAUCACCAAUGGGUUAUGAAACAUUAUUAGAAGCUGAUAGUAAUAAUACUAAAGUAGAAAUAAAAAAUACAGAUGAACCAAUUGAAGGUGAACUUUUAAUUCAGAGUCCAACUUUAUUUAAAGAAUAUUGGCGAAAACGUAAUGAAACUCGUGCUACAUUUACAACAGAUGGUAGUUUUUUUAAGACCGGUGAUAUUUGUCGUUAUGACCCAGAAAAAAAUGUUUUCUCCAUUCGUGGUAGACAAUCAAUGGAUAUAAUUAAACGUGCUGGUUAUAAAAUAUCAGCAUUAGAUAUUGAACGUAUUUUAUUAGAACAUAAAGAUGUUUCGGAAUGCUCAGUGAUUGGUAUUGAUGAUUCAACAUUAGGUCAAAAAAUAGUUGCUAUUAUUGUACCAAAAUCGUUAAAUAAUAUCGCUGAUUUAUCAAUCGAUACAAUACGUCAAUAUUCUAAACAAUAUUUACCAAAUUAUUCUUUACCAGAUUCUAUAACUAUCCUUGAUCAUAUACCUCGAAAUGCAAUGGGUAAAGUCAAUAAAAAAGAACUUGCUCGUUUAAUUAUUUAA